CCCAUUUCCCAUUUUACUUUCGGUAAUGGUCAGGUUUGCCUAGUAAAUAUAUAGCCAAUCAUGGUUGAUAGAGGCACUGUUGUUGAUGUUGACAAUGAACUAGUGUCGUUUGACGUCCAGUCAAUUAAGUUCUUAGUGAAGAACUUGAUUCAUCAUGUCCAAUUGAAGCAAUGUUCUUCUUUGCUUGAUGUUUUCACAGCACUAGAAAUAGUCAAGCAUAUAACUGAAAAUAACUGGAAGGAGUUUCUUUCAGAAUGUCUUUUUAUGAUUGGCAAACGCAAUAUUAUACAUAUCUUAGGACUCAAUUCAUCUCAAAUUGAAGAAAGAAUUCACCGAAAGGAAGGUUUUCUCAUACCUUUCAGAACUGCAUUGUAUAAGAUAGCUGAAGACCUCGAUUCCACAGAAAUUGAAAAACUUAAACAGGAAGCUAUAGACAUGAUACCAAAUAUCAUUCCGGCAUUGCGGAAAGUUACAUCAAUGUAUGAUUUUCUAGACGUACUGGAAAAAAGGAUGCUGAUUUCUCACCAUAGCAGCGACAUAUUACUGGUUAUGCUUGAACGUAUCAAUCGUUCAGAUCUAGGAAUAUUUAUUAAAGAAUUCUCAGGAGGAUUUUAUCAUAUGACUAGGCCAUAUAGUGGUAUGUGUGUAAUAAUUAAUAACAAAACCUUUUCUGAUGCAUCUAAGUUACCAGCGAGACGUGGGACAGAAUUUGACGAAGAAAGGCUCUCUGCAACCUUUACCAAACUCAAAUUCAAGACAUGUAUACACAGAGACCUCUCGGCUGAGGAGAUUGUUGCAAAAAUAACAGAGGUGUCAAAAUUGGAUCAUUCAAAGUACGGCGCAUGCGUUGUAUGCAUUCUUUCACAUGGCAGUGAAACGGCAGUGUUUGGAAGUUAUGGUCAUUCUGUCGGGAUCAACCAUCUGACGUCUCUCCUUUCAUCAAGAAAUUGCCAAUCACUUACAGGAAAACCAAAAUUGUUAUUCAUUCAAGCUUGCCGAGGAACCAGAGAUCAAACAAUUGAAAACAAUAAUGACGAGCAAAAAGGAGAAGAGCAACAUGAUACAGGUGACAUCAACAGUGAUAUCCAAUAUCUACCUCCUCCACCAGAUCCACCACUGGGAGAAACACAUAAUCUUCAAGGAGAGUUCGACUUCUUAUUGGGAUAUGCGACAACACCUGGCUAUGUAUCAUACAGAGACUGUAAGCAGGGGACAUUUUAUGUUAGAACUCUGGCAGACGAGUUGAUGGCUUAUUCUGAUAGAUUAGAUUUGCUGAGUAUAUUGACCAUUGUAACCAAUAAGUUGUCCGAUAUGAAUAUUGAUGGUGGAGCCGGAAAGGUACACAAACAAUGUCCGAUGCCACAGUUCAGUCUCACCAAGAAACUUUAUUUCUUUCCGGAAAACUUUAUAUAAAGAAAAUGAAAUAAUUGUAUGUUACAUGGUUUGUACGCGCAUCAUUACAUUACAUUGUUGACAUAAUUUAAAAAAAAAAGAUUGCGAUACCAAAGGGGAAACGUCAUGUAUCAAAAUUCUGGUCUGGAAACCAAUCGCUUUUUGUUUAAACAUAAAAUAUUAAUUAAAAUAGAACAUUUACGUAUGUAAACAUUUUAUUUAUUUUUUUCUUUCUUGUAAUUGUUGAAUAGCUGUUUUUUUUUCUUUUUUUUUUCUUUUUUUUUUUUUCUAAUUUAAAAAAUAGAAAAAAAAGUAUUUAAAAAAAGAAAAUAUAAGUAUGAACAAGUUCAUAAUAAGACAGUCAUCGUAAUGACAAAUAUUUCAUGCAAGAUAGAAAAUGUAGAAUUUGGAACAUUUUUCAUUUCAGAGAAAGGACAGUAUAUGAUGAAUAACAAUGUUUAUUUUUAUGCCUAAUUGUAAACUGUGAUAUGUAUAUACGAACUGUGACUAUAAUAAAGAUAUAAAAAAACCAAA